AUUUUUUAUUAUGAAAAAAAAAUGGUUUUAUUAAGAAACAAUUAAGCAUUUCUUCCAAGUUUGGUUGGUCUAUGUUUCCGCAGGCGCUCAGCUUCAACUUCAACAUAACAAUGGUUGUUCCAUUUAUGAAACUUCCUCAACUGUAACUAUUUUCUCACAAGGAGAAAUAACAAAAGAGAAAAGGAGGAGAAAAGAAAAAUAGUUCUUACUGGAUUAUCAUGUCAAACGAUGAAACUGAUCCAUGGCGUUUUGGGUUAUUCAUAUUCUUGAUUUUAGUCCUGGUUACAGUUGUUGCAGGAGAUUCUCUAGAAACGGACAGAGAAGUUUUAUGGACGCUGAAGCAGUUUCUUGAAGGGAACAACCGUGUGAACAAAGGACAUUAUUCACAAUGGAAUCAAAGUUCAAGCCCUUGUAUAUGGCCAGGAGUUUGGUGCUCUUACCAUCAAACCAGAGUCACCGGCCUUAAUCUUUCAGAAAGUAACAUUUCCGGGAAAGUGUUCAACAAUUUCUCUGCCUUGACACAGCUCACUUAUCUCGAUCUUUCGAAAAACACUUUUGAAGGGCCUAUUCCCAAGGAUUUGAGCGCCUGCUACAACCUCAAGUACCUCAAUCUUUCGCAUAACAUUCUUGAGGGGGAGCUGAACUUGAACGGGUUGAGUAAUUUAGAGGUCCUGGACUUGUCUUUGAAUAGGAUUUACGGGGAACUUCGGUUUAGUUUCCCUUCCAUUUGUGAAAACUUAGUGGUGGCUAAUCUUUCAGAGAAUAAUCUUACAGGAAGGAUAGAUAAUUGUUUUGAUGGAUGUGGAAAUUUGCGGCAUCUGGACUUGAGUGCUAAUUUUUUUACGGGGAACAUAUGGAGUGGAUUGGCAAGGUUGGUGGAGUUUUCAGUUUCUGAGAACCACCUUGAUGAGUCAGUUUUCGGUUCCAUUUUUACAGAGAAUUGCAGUCUUGAAAUUUUGGACUUCUCUCAAAAUAAUUUCACUGGUAAUUUUCCUGGAAACAUUUCCAAUUGCAAGAAAUUGGUUAUCUUGAAUUUAUGGGGAAACAAUUUUUCUGGGCCUAUUCCACCAGAGAUUGGUUCAAUAUGGGGUCUUCGGGCCUUGUUCUUGGGGAGCAACAGUUUUGAUAGUGCAAUUCCGGAGUCUCUUUUAAACUUGGUUAACUUGGAUUUUCUGGAUUUGAGCAGCAAUAACUUUGGUGGAGAAAUACAACCGAUUUUCGGGCGAUUCACUCAGGUGAAAUAUCUUGUAUUGCAUUCAAAUUUCUACACUGGUGGGAUAUAUUCUUCAGGUAUUCUUCAGCUGCCUAGCGUUUCCAGAUUAGACCUGAGCUUCAACAACUUCUCUGGUCCAUUGCCGGUUGAAAUCUCUCAAAUGCAUAGCUUGAAGUUCUUGAUCAUGUCCUACAAUGAUUUCAGUGGUAAUAUUCCACCAGAAUAUGGAAACUUGCUCUUAAUUCAAGCUCUUGAUCUCUCCUUCAAUCAGUUAACUGGAUCAAUACCACCCUCCAUUGGGAAUUUGGCAUCUCUCUUGUGGCUACUGCUUGCAAACAAUUCACUUUCGGGUGAAAUUCCUCGCGAGAUUGGGAAUUGCUCUAGCUUGUUGUGGUUGAAUCUUGAAAACAACCAGUUGUCUGGGCACAUUCCAACUGAAUUGACUAAUAUUGGGAGAGAUCCCUCGUCAACAUUCAAGUUAAAUCAACAACACGAUGACCAGAUAAUUGCUGGUUCUGGCGAGUGCUUGACAAUGAAGAGGUGGAUUCCUGCAGACUACCCACCGUUCAGUUUUGUGUACACAAUUCUUACAAGAAAGCGUUGCAGAAGCAUAUGGGAUAGAUUACUCAAAGGCUAUGGCAUCUUCACAGUUUGUGGUGGGGGUUCGAACAUACGCACUUCUCAAAUCACAGGCUAUCUUCAACUUAGUGGGAAUCAACUUUCAGGUGAGGUUCCUAUUGAAAUUGGUAAGAUGCAGAAUUUUAGCAUGUUGCAUUUGGGAUUUAAUCAGUUCUACGGGAAGCUGCCUUCACAGAUUGAUAAGUUGGCACUAGUAGUUCUAAAUUUAACUAGAAACAGUUUUUCGGGUACAAUUCCUUCUGAAAUUGGGAACAUUAAAUGCCUACUGAAUCUUGAUUUGUCUUACAACAAUUUCUCUGGCACAUUCCCUGCGAGCUUUAAUGAAUUGUCAGAUCUGAGCAAGUUCAACAUCUCCUAUAAUCCAUUUAUUUCUGGCUCAAUUCCAUCAACUGGGCAGUUAGCAACGUUUGAGAGAUCGUCUUACCUAGGUGAUCCUCUCUUGUACCUUCCAGAUUUCUUCGCAAAUUCCCCUGCUCAGCCUCCAAAGCAUGCCAAAUCCAGUGAAGGGACAAGGAAGACUAAAUUGGCAGUAAUUCUAGCUUUUCUAGUCUUAUUACUAGUGGCACUGAUAUGUGGAAUCUUUUCACUUGUAAUCUGCAUAUCAGUGAAAAGUCCAGAGGAGAAACCAGGAUACCUCUUGGAGGAUAUAAAAUAUCGUCAUGAUUAUGCAUCGAGCUCAGGAGGGUCCUCGCCAUGGCUGUCAGAUUCUGUUAAGGUCAUUCGUUUAGACAAAACAGCAUUUACACAUGCUGACAUUUUAAAUGCUACAGGCAGAUUUUCAGAAGACAGAAUAAUUGGAAAGGGAGGGUUUGGCACGGUGUAUCGAGGAGAAUUGCCUGAUGGAAGAGCAGUGGCUGUAAAGAAGCUCCAAAGAGAAGGAAUUGAUGGUGAAAAGGAAUUCCGGGCAGAAAUGGAGGUUCUCAGUGGACAUGGCUUUGGUUGGCCUCACCCAAAUCUUGUUACACUCUAUGGGUGGUGCCUGGAUGGAUCAGAUAAAAUAUUGGUGUACGAGUAUAUGGAAGGUGGAAGCUUGGAGGAUCUCAUAUCAGAUAGAGCAAGAUUAACAUGGCGAAGACGACUAGACAUAGCAAUUGAUGUAGCUCAUGCAUUAGUAUUCCUACACCACGAGUGCUAUCCUUCUAUUGUGCAUCGUGAUGUCAAAGCAAGCAAUGUCCUCCUUGAUAAAGAUGGCAAGGCCCGGGUUACAGAUUUUGGCCUGGCUAGAGUUGUUGAUGCUGGGGAUAGCCAUGUGAGCACAAUGGUGGCUGGCACAGUUGGUUAUGUAGCCCCAGAGUAUGGACAGACAUGGAAAGCGACUACGAAAGGUGACGUGUACAGUUAUGGAGUUUUGGCAAUGGAGCUAGCAACCGGUAGGAGAGCUGUGGAUGGAGGGGAAGAGUGUCUGGUGGAAUGGGCUAGACGUGUUAUGGGAAAUGGGCGAUAUGGAUCAGGUAGAACUGUUAUACCAGUUAUGCUUCUGGGGUCAGGGCUAGCUGAGGGCGCAGAGGAGUUGUCUGAGUUGCUUAGAAUUGCUGUAAGUUGCACCGCAGAGACACCACACGCUAGACCAAAUAUGAGGCAGGUGCUAGGAAUGUUGAUCAAACUCCUCCCUCACUAUGGCUAACAAAAAUUCAGAAGUUGUCAAUAAUUCUAGAGCCCUUAGAUUGCUGUACACAUAUACUUAUGUAAUAGGUAUAAAUUUUGUUGUUCUUAUUCUUCUUGUACACAAAGCAUUCAUCAUUUUCAAUCCAUUUGAAAAGUUCAAACUGAAAGCAAAAUGGUAAUGUACAUGAUUGAUUGACUGAGUUGAGAGAGGCUGAAUGUGCAUGUUUUGGUACAA